AGAUCUGUCCCAUCCUCCCCGUCACCGCCGCCACUCCUCUUCCACAUCGGGAUCCCACCUGCCCAAACCACCGCCGCCAUCUUCCCCUUGUUUUUAGCGCCACCCAAUCAGCACUUGCACCCUCCUCCCUCUUUGAGCCAGAGGCCAUGCCUCCUCUGCUCGAUCUCCACCGCAAGCCGCAGUCGCGCCUCCCGCUCCCUCCUAGAUCCAGAUCGAGAGGGGUUCGAUCCCCAGCCUUCCCGUCCUCCUUCUUACCUCGUCGCUGGUGAGCGUCGUCGUCGGACCAAGCCGGCCAGGCCAGUACCCCGUCGUCCCACUACCUUCCUUCUCCUUCCCACGAGCUCCCUCCCGUCUCUCAGAUCUCCCUCACCUCUGCAGGAGCUCGUCAACCGCGCCCCUGCUUCGCCUCGAAGAGCUGCAACUUCGUCUUGCUCCUCUGCUUCGACAGCCAGGCGCCCGAGGCCACACGCCCCUCCCCUCGCACAACUCCUCAUCGCCGUCCAGAGCCUCCUCGCGCCAUCGCCGUCCGGCAAGUAACCGGACUAGAACCCCUCGCCCGCCGGCCACCUCUCCGACCAGGAGCUUCCGCUGAUGCCAUGGCUCCUGGACCUCAAGUCUCUCGCCCGCGCCAAGUUCCUGCCGCGCGUUCGUCUUCUUCAGGCGCUCGAGCUAGGAGUCAUGAGACAAGAAGCUCGUUCCCUCCUCUGCCUCGCUCGCCCCAGCAACCGUCGUUCCCGGCCCCCGUUCGCCUCCACGCUGUCUCCACCGCCUCUGCCUCGCAGGAGUUCCUCCACCUGGCCUGUUGCCGACCUCUGCUUCUCUGCAUCGACCUGCAGCUCGCCAGAACCGCUCGCCCGCGUCGUUGACCCGUCGCCCUACUGCCUGGGCCUCUCCAGCCGCAGCGCUCCAAGGCCCAGCCGCGGCCUGCCAGCUCCUCCACCGAACCGGGCCGAAGCCCAUGGCUUCGGUUUCGUUCCGGAGUUGUGAGGAUUCGUUCGACUACGUCCGUUUGUCUUCUUCAUCGACUCGUUCUUCUUCCUAGCGGGAUCUCAGGCAAGAUGACCAUUACCCUCG